UUCAGAGAAAAAUAAUUUUACACAGAGGGACAGUCAAGUCAGGGAAGAACAAUUGCUGGGGGAAACUGAUCACGAAACAAUUCUUAACACCCUUCUUCAAAACCCCAUAGAACUGAACUUAAAAGAGAAGCCUUCAGCCAUAAGGGAAAACAAACUUUUCACCCUAGACAUGAGGGAAAUCCCCAUAUCCUCAGUGGAAGCAGAAGAUAAUGGUGCAUAUAUAUCAAAAGGUAAUGCCAAGAGACUAUUCCAGUACAAUAGCAAAGGUUCCCGCACUGUUCACAAAAAUGAGAACGGAGCAUUUUAUGCAAACGUCAAAACCUCUAAAGGCUACGAAGGCCACAUCAACCAAGACCACACUGAAGCGUAAUGAAGCGGAAACACUGAUAACAAGUUUGCACACUCUGCCUCUCAACAGCAGUGUUACCUUCACAAAAGAACAAUAUAUCUCAGUCAACUCGUCUCCCAACAUGCUGAAUGACAUACAUCGAUUCUGCGUUCUUGGAAACAGUAUUCUGAGAAUCGAUACCAAUUUUGAGUUGGUCGAUGGCCUAUGGCUAACAGAUACUACAUACACGAACGAGUCCUUAAUCGACCAGAGCAACAAGCAUCCUGAAUUCCCUGGUCCAAGCUUCUGGCAUUUCAAGAAGAGUCGAGAGAGUUAUCGAAGAUUCGCUGGUGAACUCAUCAUUGCUAAGCCAGAAUUGUUAGGAAUAAAGAAGAUUGGCCAUGAUCUUGACAAAGCUAUUGCUGGUGGUAUGACUGACAUCUUGAAGGAUGCAGACAAUGUUUGGUGUACGCAGCAUAGUCAGGAACGUGACGCCCUCAAACUUAAAUCCCUAGGCGCAAAUGAAAGAUCAAGGAACAGAAUCAUGACUGACAUCUAUGGGUCCCAGGAUGAUGUCCUACUACACAAUGGCUUGGCAGACGCAGAUGACCCAGAGGACUUCCAAAUUAAAUUGGCACGUUUGGAGACUGUCUGGGAGAGCUUGGUGCCGGGGUUCCACCGAUGGUUUACAAAGCAUAGGUCGGAACAAUUCAAGACUUGUCUUGUCCUAUCUGCCCGUCAGAAUCUGGGUAUAACUGGUAGGUUCUAUACCAAUGGUUUAGAACUCAAACACCGACUUCAGAAAAAACGUCUUCGAGAAGAUGAGAUUCCAGAGGAGGUCGCCAAUGUCACAUCAAUGCUGGAGAAGUGGACAACGGAAUUCUACCUUGAGGAAGAAAGGGCUGUUUGUGGUUUGGGAAAAUAUAGGCUUUCUCUUGGGUACGAACAGUUUCAAGUCGAUCCAGUGAAGUGGAACAGGUGGAGCCUAGAAAGGCAAGCUCAACACCUAUCAGCAUUGCGUAACUUCACACCGAAGUCAUAUGAAAUGUAUAAGAAACCCAUGGUUACUGGAAUUAAGUCAUCUCCACAGAGUAAAAGAAGGAGAGUCCACUUGCCAGAACCAGAAAUCUUCACCGACAGAGUUGAAGUUGGUGAUGACACACCUCAAGCAGUCACCCCUAUUCGAAUCACAAAGAGUGAUGACAAGACAAAGUGGCAGGUAGAGAAAAGUACAAAUGCAGCUACUGAAGCAAUGAACUUCCUUGACCCUGACAGGAUAUCGGGAAAUCAGUACGAGCUUGUAAGCAGAGAUGAUGAAAAGCUUUGCCCCAAAAGUGUCCAACGCUGUGAGCAAUGCAGGGUGGCUUUUCAUCAGGCGGAUAAGGUUGUCGUCAAAAGUGUUAGAGUGCGGGAACGCACUGAUAAGUCAGGAAAGACAGUCAAAUAUACCGGUAAUCUUUACCUGCAUUUUCUAACCAAAUGCCUCUCUGAAUAUGACCAGAAAUUCGCCUUUUCUGCUAUAACGGUCCCCACACGCACCCUUACAUUUCUACCUGAAGGAGGAAGGGCAAUACUAGAGGCCAAGGGGUUGUAUGUGGAGAAGUAACUCGCGUGUGCACCUCAAGCAUUUUUCAGUAAGAAAUUAUUUACAAAUCAUUUCAUUAAGCUGUUUCAGUUAAACAUUUUGUAACAGAAAAUACAAUGUUAUUACCCUUAACAUUGGGACAAGCUACGUGGCAUUAUCAAUUUUAUCUUCUUCAUAUUCGGGGGUUCGCUAGAGAAAAAAAGAGUUUACGGUAUUUGUUUAAGAAAGACAUUGAAUUACUACAAGGAUGUGUUAGUAAGUUUUGUUCAAUUUUUGCAGCCACACAAUGUCGUAAUCUUGGCAUGAAAUGAAAUAAAUGUGAAAAACACCAAAUUUUCCCUUUAGAGUUGUUUCUAUUUUCCAAAAGUUUUUAACAAAUGAGUACAUAUAUAGUGAAACUUAGAAUGAAGCAACGGUUCCAUGCCAAUCGUGCUCGGGGUAUUUAGGUUGAUGAAGAUAUUUACUUGUUAACGGUUCUCAGAUGUUUUGUUAUGUUCUGUGAAUUAAAGAAUGCGUUGCUACGCUGUAAACUUAAA